UCCCACCUCGCUCCAUCGACCAGACACGUCGCGCCAUUUCUGUCACGUAACAGCGAGACCAUUCAAAACUCGAUAGAGAGGCAAACACAGAUGGCGUUCCACAGAACCAUUGCACGGCGCCUAUGGGCAGGCAAGAACGCGGCCGCCAGCGGCGUAGCCAUUCCCAAGCCUCCGGCGGCCGGCCCCGCGCCCCCUGCACGGCGGCCGCUGCCGGCCGUGGACGACUGCCCGACGCUCGCAUUCCUGCGCCCCAGGCCGACGAAGAUCGGGUACUCCACCGCGACCGUCCCGCUCCCGGCGCACUGCUUCCCCGCCCUCCCCGUGGGCGACCAGCUCUUCCGCCGGCUCCGGCUCGACGGGCUUGUACCGCCUGUCGUGAGCACGGUGACGCGGCCGCCCGAGGAGGCGGGCGUGACGGUGGAGCAGGCGAGGAAGGUGGCCAGGGCGGCGGAGAUGGAGGCGGCGAGGGCGACGCUGAGGUCCCACGCCCAGAGCGUGGUGUCCGGGUCGGAAUUCGCCGCGCUCUGCGUCGACAUUGCCGGCGGCGUCGAGGGCGGCCGCAGGCUCGCCCGCGCGCUCGACGACUCCGGCGUCGUCAUCGUCCUCGGAGACGCCGUCUUCCUCCGCCCCGACAUGGUGGCGAAGGCGAUCGGCAGCGUCAUCCUCCCUGCGGCGAAGCAGCAGCUGGCGCCGCGCGCCAGCGACGAGAGUGAGGCGCGCCGGCGGGAGGAGCUGGAGGCGAUGGAGUCCCAGAAGGCGGCGAUCGACGCGGCCGCGGCGGCGCAGGUGCGGCGCGAGCUGUGGUGCGGGCUGAGCCUGGUGGCGGCGCAGACGCUGGGGUUCAUGCGGCUCACCUUCUGGGAGCUGUCGUGGGACGUGAUGGAGCCGGUGUGCUUCUACGUCACGUCGCUCUACUUCAUGUCCGGCUACGCCUUCUUCAUGCGCACGGCCACGGAGCCGUCCUUCGAGGGCUUCUUCCGGAGCCGCUUCGCGUCCAGGCAGCGCCGCCUCAUGCGGGCGCGGGGCUUCGACGCCGGGCGCUACCACGCGCUCAGGCAGGAGCUGGGGCUCGGCCCCGCGCCGGCGCAGAGCGGCGACCCCCGAGACGUGCUCAGGCACGUGAGCCACGUGCAAUAGCACGUCAGCCUGACUGCCCGGACGAGUUCGCUUGGUUCGUGCCGGUCUGCCAGACACGGCACGCGUCCAUGGUCGGGUCACCGUCUCUGAUCGUGAAUCAAAUUUUCUGUAUCGAUUCAGGAGGGAAAAGGUGUUUGUAGGAUGGAUUGUUUUGGUAGGAGAUAAUAUUGUCAGUUGAGACUUGGAUUGAGCAUCUGUUUUUCUUUACGGCAACCCCACCGAUUUCAAGUUGUUGUUCGAGAGAACAUUUGUAA